AUGGAGACGCACACAAGUAUCUGCAUCUGGGACCGACCCCCUGGGCUGGCUAAUCAAGGAGGAAGCAGCAGCAGUAUCUGAUGUGGGGCUGCAGCUCUGUACCUGCAUCAUCCUGGUGAUAGUCACAGUGGCCAAGUGAGUUUACUGGGGGCCCAGCUUCCUCCAGAGGUGGCAGCAAUGGCCCAGCUACUAGGGGACCUAAACAGGAGCACGUUCAGAAAAUUGCUGAAGUUUGUGGUCAGCAGCCUGCAAGGGGAGGACUGCCGAGAGGCUGUGCAGUAUCUUGGGGUCAGCGCCAACCUGCCAGAAGAGUGGCUGGGUGUCCUGCUGGCAGGCAUGCACACACUGCUCCAGCAGGCCCUCCAUCUGUGCUCCACCAGCCUGAAGCCCAACACCUUCAGGGACCAGCUCCAGGAGCUCUGCAUCCCCCAAGACCUGGUCGGGGACUUGACCAGCGUCAUAUUUGGGAGCCAGCGACCCAUCCUUUAUUCUGUGGCCCAGCAGCCAGGGGCCUGGCUGCCCCAUGUUGCUGACUUUCAGUGGUGGGUGGAUGUGACAAUCUCCACCAGUGCCCUGGCUCGCUCCCUGCAGCUGAGCGUCCUGAUGCAGCUGAAUCUUUCAGAUGGGUUAGCAUACUGCUUCGAGGUCCCCAUAGACCGCUUCGAGGUCCCCAUAGCCAAGUUCCAGGAGCUGCGGUACAGCAUGGUCCUGGUCCUAAAGGAGAUGGCAGAUCUGGAGAAGAGGUGUGAGUGUGGCCUGCAGGACUGA